UCAGAGUAAUGCCAAACUCUCUCUGAGUGGGAUGAGCAGAGCAGAUGCUGCAAUGAGAUGCCAAAGCGGCUCCCCUUCCUCUGUGCCUUGGGUGCCUAUAAAUUGCUCCRGCGCGCGUUUGUCAGCCUCCUCUUCUCCUGGCAGGUGGUACCCAGGCAGAAUUCAGCGUUCAGUCUCUCUCUCGCUCCGCUCUCGGCCGUGAGGCGCUCGCCGCUGCUCGCUAGCUCCUCCACUCCAGCCCCGAGGCUCGCCUAGCCAACAGUGCMAGCCGCCGCCGCUGCUCCGCGCACCCGGGGGGCGCCUGGUCAGAGCUCGUGCGGCCAGCGCGGGACUUUGAGGUGCGCUUCUAUUAGAGUUGUGGUGGCUGCAGAGGAGGGGGGAAAAGGCAGGGGACGGGCGAAGAGACCGAGCGAAAGAAGAGAAGGAGGAGGCAGAAAAAGGCAACUUCAGACGGAAAGUUGGUGCGAACUGGCGCAGUCUGCAAAAACGGAAAAGUCGAUCGCAGGCAGCGGUGGCAUAAAAGUGUGAGCGACCAGGACCAGCGCUAGAGGCAGCGGCUGGUUCUGCCCUCCGGGUGGCCUCCCCGGCGCCCGCGCCAGCCACAGGUGCGAAGGGGCUCGCAGGAGGCGAGAGGGCGCCCUGCGCACCCCUCCCCCAGCCCCCACCCUUUGCUCGGGACUUCAGCUCAAGUCACUUGGCGCCCUAGCUCCCUCCCCAGCCGCAACCUCAGCUGGGGGAGCAGGAGCCGGCGAGGAGCAGCCGGCGCCCGCCAGCCCAGGGGAGUUGGGGUUCGAAGGGGAUUGUUUUCGGCUCUAAGGAGGUCCCCGCCCAACCUUCAAAAUUUUGUCCAAAAGCAGACAAGAGGAUCGCCCCGCGCUGAGCCGGCUGGUGGGCAGCAGGAGGCGCCUGAUCGCCGCCGGGGCGCUGGGGGUGGUGAUGGUGCUGCUGCUGGUCAUCCUCAUCCCGGUGCUGGUGAGCUCGGCCGGCACGUCGGCGCACUACGAGAUGCUGGGCACCUGCCGCAUGGUCUGCGACCCCUACGGGGGCACCAAGGCGCCCAGCACCGCCGCCACGCCCGACCGUGGCCUCAUGCAGUCCCUGCCCACCUUCAUCCAGGGCCCCAAAGGCGAGGCCGGCAGACCGGGAAAAGCAGGCCCGCGUGGGCCCCCAGGAGAGCCCGGGCCGCCGGGCCCUGUGGGGCCCCCGGGCGAGAAAGGCGAGCCGGGCCGCCAAGGCCUGCCGGGCCCGCCUGGGGCGCCCGGCCUGAACGCAGCCGGGGCCAUCAGCGCCGCCACCUACAGCACGGUGCCCAAGAUUGCCUUCUAUGCUGGCCUCAAACGGCAGCAUGAAGGCUAUGAGGUGCUCAAGUUCGACGACGUGGUCACCAACCUCGGAAACCACUACGAUCCCACUACCGGCAAAUUCACCUGCUCCAUCCCGGGCAUCUACUUCUUCACCUACCACGUCCUGAUGCGCGGAGGGGACGGCACUAGCAUGUGGGCUGAUCUCUGCAAAAACAACCAGGUGCGUGCUAGUGCCAUUGCCCAAGAUGCUGAUCAGAAUUACGACUAUGCCAGUAACAGUGUGGUUCUGCAUCUGGAGCCGGGAGAUGAAGUCUAUAUCAAAUUAGAUGGUGGGAAAGCCCAUGGAGGAAACAACAACAAAUACAGCACAUUUUCUGGAUUUAUUAUUUAUGCUGACUGAUAAUGCAGAAACUAAGCUUAUUAUUCUGAGUUUGAACACUGGAUUUGAAUGGCUACCGUCAGUGAAUCAAGGAUCCCAGGGGAUGCCAAUUGCAGGGCACCUCGGUUGUGUAAAUGUGGGGAAAUCAAAUGCUACCUGACUCACAUCUGUAUCACUCAGAAACAUUAUGUAAAAAAGUAUUUAAAGCAAGAUAAGCAGAUGUGUGAUCCACUACCGCCAAAGCAAAUACUCCUAUCGUUAGUGUCCAUGUGAAUGAAGUCCUAUUAUAGAUCACAAAUUUUUAUAGAAAAAUCUAAGACACUGAAUUAUUUCUUCAAUAUAUAUGAUACUUUGGUGUACUGUGAUCUUGCUGCUCUUAUCCAUAUGUCAGCUUUGGUUCUUGUGAGUUUUCCUGCUUAUUAUGAUACUGGAGUCCAUUCAUAGUGUAUGGAAGAAUCAUUUUACCCUGCAGGAGAAGGUCUAAUUGAAGUAAUGCUGCUUGUCCCCAAAGAAAUUGUUUGCCUUGUACUCUUGUUAACUUUAGAGCUAGACCUGGGAAAGAUUCAACUUCAAGCCUUAACCUGGAAUUUUCUGGAUUUGUGGGAAUUCCCAAGCCUAUGAUCAUUUUCACAUUUUCCUUUUAUUAUGAAUUUUCUUUUUUUCCUUUUCUAGUGAUAGUCUUUAAAAAUAGAUAUUGAAAUUGUACCAUAGGAUUACCCUCUAAGUGUGAAAAUGUGUAAUUAUGUAUGGUAUUUAGAAAAUCCCCUGUGUGUCCAUUUUGUCAAUAGAAUACACUUAGAUU